UCAAAUUCUUACCAAAUGAACAGAGAAAUUUCACAUAAGGAAUUAAUGAGAUAUGAUUACAAAUAGCUGCAGAGGUAAGGCAAUGUGUCACUGCAGAUAGAUAUCUUUUGUUUUAAGUCCAAAAGAAAAAGGAAAGGGCAAAUUUUGCAUUCUCCAAAAGAUUCCUUGACACAGUCUCAGUUCACAAGAUAACGCUUCUUAUAAUCUGAGAGAGAGAAAGAGAGUCCCGCAAUCCCUUAAAUCAUCGAUCGUGACCAUCUUGAAGAUUUCGAGACCAAAUUGGACUCUCUUUUGCCCAAAAAUUACACCUUUCUGCCACCUAUUUUUCUCUCUAUAACCACUCCCUACCAUAAAUGCCCUCUCUAAAACCCUUCAGUUCUUUACUUCAGUCGCUCUAUCGUCUGUUUUCUUUCAAACAAGUUCCAGUUUCUGUCACUUUCCCGAGAAAAGUUGCGAAAAUUUUACCGGAAAGUUAAAAUCUUUCUUGGAUAAUGGAAGAAAAUGAGCCUCUGCCUGACCAUCUCCGGUGCAAGAGGACGGACGGCAGGCAAUGGCGGUGCAACAGGAGAGUGAUGGACGACAAGAAGCUCUGCGAAAUUCACCAUCUCCAAGGCCGCCAUAGACAGUAUAAGAGGAAAGUACCCGAGUCACUGAAACUGCAAAGGAAAUACAAGAAGAAAUCAACUGCCAAUGCGGAUUCAACUCCCAUCAAUGGCGAAAUUAGGGCACAUAAAGGGGAAAAAUUGUCGAGAUUGGUGAAAUUGGCGAAGCCUAUGAAGAGAAAGAAAUCGAUUGGCGAAUCUGAAGCGCUUGACGAGGCUGUGAAGAAGAUGAGACUAAAGAGAGGGGAUUUGCAGUUGGAGCUAAUAAGAAUGGUGUUGAGAAGAGAAGUAGAGAAGAGAAAGAAGAAGAAAAAGAAGAAGAAGAAGAAAGUUGUUGUACAGGAAAUUAAUAGUGAAAAUGAUAACGAUGUCGAUAGUAGUAAUAGUGAGGGAGAGUUAAUGAGAGAUUUACCUAAUGGGUUAAUGGCAAUAUCCCCUGCGAAACAUUUUGGCAAUGUAGCUGCCGCUUCUUCUUCUACGCCUUGUGAUAUCAAAAUUGGAGCUGCUGAUUUCAGUGCGGUUACUAGAAGGCGGUUUCGGUCUAAGAACAUUGAGCCAAUGCCAAUUGGUACAUUACAGGUUGUGCCUUUCAAGAAGGACAUGUUGAAAUUGAGGAGGGGAAAGAGGAAAAAGUGUCAUUGGUGUAGGAGAAGUGGAUUGAAGACUUUAAUAAGGUGUUCUAGUUGUAGAAAACAAUUCUAUUGCAUGGACUGCAUCAAAGACCAGUAUUUUGAUAUGCUAGAAGAAGUUAAGAUAGCGUGUCCAGUUUGUCGUGGAACUUGUUGCUGUAAGGUCUGCUCAGCAAUUCGAUGUAGGGACAUCGAAUGUAAGGACUUCUCCAAGGACAACAGUAAAGUCAACAAAGUUUUACAUUUUCAUUAUCUGAUCUGUAUGCUUCUUCCUGUCCUGAAACAAAUAAUGGAAGAUCAGAGCAUUGAGCUAGAAAUAGAGGCAAAAAUAAAAGGCGAGAAACCCUCUGAUGUUCAAAUCCAGCAGACUGAAGUCAACUGCAAUAAGGAAUUUUUCUGCAAUAGUUGUGACACUUCCAUUGUGGAUCUCCAUAGAAGCUGCGCCAGUUGUUCCUAUACACUUUGCUUAAGUUGUUGUCAGGAUAUUUUUCAAGGGAAAUUACCUGCGAGUGUUAAAUCCCUUCUCUGCAAAUGCCCUAGCAGAAGGAAAGCUUGUACAUCUGGAAAUCAACUUUCAGAGAUGAAAUCAGUAUGCUUCUCUAAGCGGAAUUAUGGCAGUAAAUAUUUUGAUUCUUCUAUGUUAUUGCCUAAUUGGAAAGUUCCUGACGGUAAUGGUGGUAUACCUUGUCCCCCUCCAGAGUUUGGUGGCUGUGGUGAUAGUCUCCUUGGUUUAAGUUCUGUUUUCCCCUCAAGUUGGACCAAAGAACUGGAAACAAGUGCUGAGGAAAUAGUUGGUUGCUAUGAGUUGCCAGAAACCUUGGAUAUUGUUUCACCGUGCUCAUUAUGCCUUGGGAUGGAUUGUGAAGUUAAUGGGAUUAUGCAGCUUCAGGAAGCAGCUAUAAGGGAAGAUUCCAAUGAUAACUUUCUUUAUUAUCCUACUGUUUUGGACAUUCAUAGCGAUAACCUGGAACACUUUCAGAAGCAUUGGGGCAAAGGCCAACCGGUAGUAGUUCGUAAUGUGCUUGGUACAUCUGAUCUGAGUUGGGACCCAAUAGUCAUGUUCUGUACUUAUCUUAAGAAUAAUGCGGCCAAGUCUGAGAACGAGCAAGCUGCUGAUUGCUUAGACUGGUUUGAGGUGGAAAUUGGUAUCAAGCAAUUGUUUAUGGGGUCUUUUAAGGGCCCAAAACAUGCCAACAUGUGGCAUGAAAGGCUAAAAUUGAAAGGCUGGCUUUCUUCUCAUUUAUUUCAAGAACAUUUUCCAGCUCAUUAUUCUGAAAUCCUUCAUGCUCUACCAAUCACAGAAUACAUGGAUCCUAUUUCUGGUGUUUUAAACAUUGCUGCAGAAUUGCCAAAGGAAAUAUCAAAGCCUGACCUUGGCCCAUGUGUCUAUAUCUCUUACAGUAGUGGUGAGAAUCUUGUACAGGCUGAUUCUGUGACAAAAUUGCGUUAUGAUUCAUAUGAUUUGGUAAAUAUUCUGGCACAUACAACUGAUGCCCCUGUAUCUGCAGAACAACUUAAUUAUAUUAGAAAGUUAAUGAGGAAACACAAGGAACAAAAUGAAGCAAGUGGAGCAGCACCAUUAGAUGGACAAAAUUUGGAAGAAGUAGGAUUGCAUGAUAUGAUCACGGAAGAAAUGACUUUGCACAAGAAAGUUGCUCGGGUAUCGUGGUUUUCUGCUGCUAGUCAUGAAGCACGGAGCUUAAGUCUCAAAAGUAGAGACAUGUACCUUGAUGGAGAUCAUAAUUCUGAUUCUGAUUCUGAUACCGAUACCGACACUGAAGUCUCAAAAUUUUUCUUUGGGCCUGUGAAAAGCUCCAGGACAUCUGAAAAUCAGAAGUUUUCUGGGAAGCAUACAGAGGGUUUUAAUAAUUUUGGAAAGCAAAAACUUGCAGACACUUGUGGUGCCCAGUGGGAUGUCUUCCGGAGACAGGAUGUUCCAAAGCUUGUUGAAUACCUUAGAAGGCACUCUAACGAGUUCACUCAAACAUAUCGCUUUCAAAAACAUAUGGGCCAUCCAAUACUUGAUCAGAACUUUUUCCUUGAUACAACUCACAAAACGAGGCUUAAGGAGGAAUUCAAAAUUGAGCCAUGGACUUUUGAGCAACAUGUCGGAGAAGCUGUCAUCAUUCCUGCUGGCUGCCCAUACCAAGUUACGAAUAUUAAGUCAUGCGUUAACAUCGUUUUGGACUUUGUCUCGCCUGAAAAUGUUACUGAAUGCAUUCAGUUGAUUGAUGAACUCCGUCUGCUCCCAGAGAACCAUAAAGCCAAAGUAGAUAGUCUAGAGGUGAAGAAAAUGGCCCUUCAUAGUAUUAGCAAAGCAAUCAAAGAAAUCCGUGAGCUUACAUGUGCUGAGACCAGUGCUGAGCUCAAUGAUCGACAGUGAGGAAUGGUAACACAAUGGAUAUAAUUUCCUGUCACUUAAGCUCAUUUUAUUGAUUAUAUUGGUGCAGAACAUUGAUCUCCGCUAUAGCAUGCAUUGCAUGCAGAAAUUUUGAUACAUCCCCUCAUAUCAUAUCAUAUCAUAUCAGCAGUAACAAAAAGCCGAUUUCUGCAGACAGAUUAGCAUUCAUUCACCCUUCUGCUACUUUUGUACGUAAUUGUGAUCAAUGAAUUGGUUGUACAUAAUAAAAGACGCCGGAUGGACAUUUGUUUAUUUAUUAUUUUUCCGUCUCUGUACAGUAAAAUGGUUAGCUUUUGAAGGGUUCGCUGUAGGCUGAAGUGUGGCCAUGGCUUGCAAAUCUGAUGUGAGGAUUGAUUUACCUAAAUAGGACCUGUUAGAAUUUCAAACGAAUUUCAUAAAAUUCUGCGUUUAUGUUCA